CUGAAUUUUCAAAUCCCCCGGCAAAAUCGAAAUUUUCCCCAAUCUUCCGUCGCACGGCGCGCCUCCUGUCUUCUCCCUCCGCCGUCCGCCCCACCCUUAUCCUUUCCUCCCGCGCCCCCGCCUCCUUCCCUUGCAAGCCAGCGCCAACGCCGUUCCACUACAAUUCAAAAUCUGCGCUCCAAUUCCCCCACCAUCCCUAUAAAUCCCCCGCCUCCCUGCUCUCCUCCGUAACCCAAUCCAAACCCCCCCAAAUUCCCCACUAGCGAAAUCAUACCCCAAUCCUCCGACGAUGCCUGCCGCGCCGACGCUUGUGCCCCCAUGCGACGCGGAGGAGCCGCUGCUGGCCGAGUCCUCCGACCGCUUCUCCAUGUUCCCGAUCCGCUUCCCGCAGAUCUGGGAGUUCUACAAGAAGGCGGUGGCGUCCUUCUGGACGGCGGAGGAGGUUGACCUCUCCUCCGACGCCCGGCACUGGGACGAGGCGCUGUCCCCCGACGAGCGCCACUUCAUCUCCCACGUGCUCGCCUUCUUCGCCGCCUCCGACGGCAUCGUGCUCGAGAACCUCGCCUCCCGCUUCAUGUCCGACGUGCAGGUCGCCGAGGCGCGGGCCUUCUACGGCUUCCAGAUCGCCAUCGAGAACAUCCACUCGGAGAUGUACUCGCUGCUGCUCGAGACCUACAUCCGCGACGACGCCGAGAAGGACCGCCUGUUCCGCGCCAUCGACACCGUGCCCGCGGUCCGCCGCAAGGCCGACUGGGCCAUGCGCUGGAUCGACGGCGGGGAGCGCUUCGCCGAGCGCCUCGUCGCCUUCGCCUGCGUCGAGGGCAUCUUCUUCUCGGGCUCCUUCUGCGCCAUCUUCUGGCUCAAGAAGCGCGGGCUCAUGCCGGGCCUCACCUUCUCCAACGAGCUCAUCUCCCGCGACGAGGGCCUGCACUGCGAUUUCGCCUGCCUCCUCUACGAGCUCCUCCGCAGCAAGCUCGACGAGGCCCGCGUCCGCGAGAUUGUCGCCGAUGCCGUCGACAUCGAGCGCGAGUUCGUCUGCGACGCGCUCCCCGUCGCGCUCGUCGGCAUGAACGGCGGCCUCAUGAGCCAGUACAUCGAGUUCGUGGCCGACCGCCUGCUCAUGGCGCUCGGGUGCAAGAAGAUGUACAACGCGACCAACCCCUUCGACUGGAUGGAGCUCAUCUCGCUGCAGGGGAAGACCAACUUCUUCGAGAAGCGCGUCGGUGACUACCAGAAGGCCUCCGUCAUGAACAGCCUCAACGGCAGCGCCGCCGCCAACCACGUCUUCAGCAUCGAUGAGGACUUCUGAGUUGGUGCGCGUAAUCUAUUCCGCCGAUAAUCGUAGUAUUUGCUUAUCAUUAGUUCUUGUAGGUGUGAUACAUGUACUCCGAGCCGCGUGGUGCUGUUUUAUUUUCUGUGUUACUGGUUCUUGCUCCUGAUGUAAUGUAUAAUCAAUCAAUUUCCCGGUACACCGGCGUGUUCUUAA